UUCACAGCCGUGUAACCAAAACACAAACGGGAAAGAAGACUCACAAGGCAACCAGACAGAAAGCCAGAGCAGACCAAUCCUCUCCCAAUAAUAGAGAGAGCAAAACAGGAGGUUCUCACUGAUGGGUUCCUGGAACAUAUCCACACUGACGGCCAUGGUGGUUCUGGUGGCCUUGUUGGGCUCGCCAACCAAGGCACAAGAGUCGACCUGCGCUAAUGACCUGGUGCCUUGUGCAAACUACCUCAACAACACGGACCAACCAUCCACCACCUGCUGCACCGCCAUCAAACAGACCGUGGCUACCCAGCUCCGCUGCCUGUGCAAUCUCUAUUUUACCCCCGGACUUCUCCAGGCCGUGGGCGCUAACACCACCUCGGCUCUCAGAAUUGCCAACGCUUGCGGCGUCGACUCUGUCGGUGUUGAUCAGUGCAAAGCUAUCCUGGGAGCACCAACUGCUUCUCCACCUUCAGCUGUACCGGGAGGUGAUGGUAGCAGUGGUUCGGGCAGGAUUGCAUGGACCGGACUCCCUGCUCUGCUCUUAUUCUGGGCUUCCGUCAUGUAUUAUUAGUCUUUUCGCAGCCGAUAAUUAUAGUCUAUUGAGUAAAUAAGGCAAAGAUCGUUUUGGUAUUAGGGUCCAGAGCAGAAACUGGAGUUCAUUGUAUUUGCUUCUUGUUGGUCGAGAUUAAUUUAUUUGAGUAGCAUUUUUAGCUUGGGUCAUUGCUUAUGAUCGUGUGCUUUUGGUAGCACCAUUGACCAAAUUCGUGCUUAUAUCGUGAUGGUUUUCUAUAGUAUUAGUAAUGAAUCAAUCUUUGCUGCAAAUGGGUGAGACUCAAUGUGGUUUGUAAAGGGGAAAUGGAUUCUCUACUCUUAU